GGACGGGCUAUUUUUGAGAAGGUAGUUGGGUCUCUGCCGGUGCGCAAACAAAAGUGACAAUAGCAUCAUUGCAGUCGAUCAUCGCUUGUGUAUGUGUAUUCAAAGCAGCAGAUAAACACUGGUUAGUAAAGACAUGUGACUGGCAAAGGUGCAGCUGAUAAAGCGUCUGAAGUCGUCGGGUAUUAUUUUCAUAUAAUCGUGUGUGCACUAAUUGUGGUGACAUGAUUAACAGGAUACCAAAAGGUUCGUCGGACAUCGACAUAAUUAGAACAGUAUUUAUGUACUGUUUCGGCGUGAUGAUAUUACCCGUGGCGACAUUUUUUGGUGUUAAGUAUGUGAUUUUUAACGGUAUCCUGUCUGAUGACUCUAUCAAGGCUAAUGUGUAUUCAGCGAUAACUGCAGUAAUAGUACUGCACAUUUCAUUGGUGUUUUUCAUAAUUAAAGCAUAUUCAGAGACUGAACCUCCUAAGCCUGUUACCAAACGGGAUUAAAGCCAAACAUAGCUGGAGAGUCACUGAGUCAAGGAAGCAAAGUACAAGCUAAAUCAGCGGGUUGGCCAGCAGCACAGAGAGCAGAAUGACUCCAGAGUUGCUUUUUAAUACAUUCCGUGCAAUCAGCUGGUGAAUGGAAUUGCCCAACAUAUGGUUUCACCUGGUGAUCGGGAUUACCCAGCACGCAACAUCGACUGGUGAUCUGGAUCUGGGACCGACCAGGAGGGAGCGGUUGCUAAACGAUCCACUCUAUGCAAGUGGUGGCUGAUGACAGCUGUGCUCAUGUGAUUUACAUGAUCGACAACAUGUUCUGAGCAUGAUGGUAUCUUCAUUGUGUGGAUACAAUGAGGAAGCAUAGGUGCCCAUCAGAUGAUUGGUGAUACGAUGAUAGAUACUUUGCAAGUUAUAAAAUGGAAGUGAGUGAGCAUGUGUCAUGCUGAACUACAUAAAUUUUCAUCAACACAUUUGAAGUGUUGUGGGUCAGUAAAAACUGUCAUGAAACAGUUGUGAGUAGCCACUAUUGGAACUUUUAGAGCAAGGGUUUUAUGCCUUAAAAAGGAAGGAGAUAAUGAAUAUAAAGAGUGAUUAUAAAGAUAGAGUGAUUAUUGGAACAUCCUGAGCAACUGAUUGGACCUUCAUAAUUUUCUUAUAAUACCGCAGUUUCAUUUUAACAACUACUCUGUGGCAUCGUAUACAUUUAUUUAACUUUUGUUUGAGAAUACUGUGGCUUUUAUACUGGCAAAUAGUGGUUCCUUACUUCAUACUUUUGCUUAAUUUGUAGCGACAUGGCUGAUGACAAUCUCCAUUUACUGCAGGUACAUAGUGUUUUCAGUUACUGGCACUGUUCUUUGUGCUGCAUUGUGCUCCACAACCCUGGGUCCCACACGUAGGUCUUAGAAAAGGCUAUCAAAUAUGACAGUUCUCAAAUGUUAAUUGUUCAGUUUAGUAGUUCCAUAUUUAGGAUCUGUGAAAAUUCAUUUAUGUGGUGCAUUAAUGCUGGAUGAGGACUUGCUCAGAAUAACUAUACUCAUAACAUUCUAAUAUCAACAUACAAACCAGUCUUCCAUUUAGUACUUCAGACAUAGCAAAUUAUUAGGGACACACCAAACUCUGGCUCAUUUUGUCUGCUUAUUUUGUUUUGGAAAACAUCAGUAAUGGUACCAACAUGUAUAUUAUUCAUUUACCCAGUGUUAGUUCAGUAUUUUAGUAGGUGGAUACUAACGUAAUACUGGUUGUACAGAACAUUGCAGUGCAGUAAAUUUUAUUGAAUUGUUUUUCAGUGCAAUCUUAUAGUAUGUGUAGGAUAAUAUUUGUCACCAUACCAUGGUCACAUGAUCUUGAGAUGUAAGAAUAAAAACAAUUUCAAUGUCAGUACAUUAACAUAAUAUCAUUUUGGUGACAGGAUUGCUUACAAUGAGCAGUAUUAGCUGUACAAAAUUUUAAUUUUUUUGCGGAGCGUUGGAACUAGGGUUUACUGGAGACUUGUAUUUUGAUAAGUUUUGGUAAUGUUCCAAGGGGAAGGAUUUGUUUAUGUAGCCUUUGUGCUUCUCUUGUAAAAAAAAUUGUAGAACUAAAAAUGUCAUUAUAAUGACACUAUUAACCAUUGCAAUAGAAGAAAGUAACAGAACAGAUAUUACAUAGGAGUGGACUCAAUUUUUUCCUGUCAGACUUAAGAUAAGAACUGCCAUAUCUUAAGCGUGUGCAGAUUAACCCAUACCAGAGGUGUAAAUGCAGGAGAUAAGUUCAGUUUACCACAAUGCAAAUGCAAUGCUUAUUUAUUGUAGAAACAUUUUAAAUUCUUUCUUGGCCACAUCAGCAUUGCUGGCUUUCUAGCCAAUUACUCUCUCUUUGUGAUGGUUUUAUUUUGUAGUGAUGAGUAUGUGGUGAUGGUCACUAGUUUGCAAGAAAUGUAGCAGGUUUAGUAUUUAGAUGCUUAAGAUAUUUAAAAUAUGCAUUCUACUGUAAUAUCAGCUCAACUUUACCAUAAAUUUAUUACUUUGCUUUUUUUGUUACUCUUAUUGUUCAGGGAAAACAGUGAACAAUCAAGAAAAAUAACAAGUGUACUGUAUUACAUUCGCCAUCUUAUUUUUACCUCAAAUUUAGAGCAUUACACAAGUAAAAUUGGUGUGCCCUGUAUGUUAUAGUAAUUUUGUAUGAUGUUCAGCCUGCAUGUUGGGUAGGUGCAUGUUGUACUGCUUCACAUAUCUCCUACAGUUAUGUUUCUUUGCUGGAUUUUGAUGAGCAUGUUAAGUAAUAGCACACAGGGAAUUUUGUGAGAAGUCAUAAACCAUUGAUUUUGCAUUGUUUAGCGUGCACUCACAUUGGCGGAGAAAAUUUAAUCCAUCCUUUCUGGUAGCAUUUCACAGAAUUUGUGAAGCCACUAAGUAAAAAUGACUUUUGUGUAUUUAUAUUGCUAUAUUAUUUUUCUAUUGUGUCAUUAAAAUUAGUAAAAAAAAUCUCCAAUAUUGCCAGUAAUUGUAUUUUUUGUUUGCAUGAAACACCACACAUUGUUCAAAAUAUUUUCACAGCAAUUAAUAAAUUACAGUGUAAAGAAUUUCUAAGAUUGUAGAAGUAGAAUGUUAGUUGGCCUAAUUUUAUUUUUUGCAUGCAUGUACUCAGAAGGUUGUUCAUGAGUGCACAUCAUUACUGUGAUGAACUGCAUUGGAAAUUUAGUGAUUUAUUUCCUCCUGUAGCAUGUGUUCAUUGGUGCAACAAAUCCAGAUGUGAAGGAUCUGCUCUUGAAUUGGAAAGUUCUUCUGGUCUGGUUGUUUGGCAUCAGUGACCAUUGAAUAAACUGUGUAAAAUGUUCAGAGAAUGAUUGAACAGUGUAACUGCCAUUAGAUUUAAUGCACAUUACGAAUUGGAUCCGGAAUUAUCUGUAAUAUCAUACUUGACUUUAUUCAUCUUGAGAAAUAUUGCAAAUGUCUAGUCCACUUGCUGAAUUAUCUGCUUCUGAAACUCUGUCUAUAGAUACUCAAAAAAUUCAUUUCUAUGAGGUUAAAAUCAGUAUUAAACAUUGUAACUCAUUACAAAGGGACUUCACAGCUGUCUCCUAUGAACAGAUGAUGAGCACAGGCCUACAAGUACAGAAUCCUCCAUCAUUACAGCAGAGGUACGGAGUGGGGAUCUGCAUGAAGAUAUGUCUCAGGCUUAUUCAUUUUGCAACAAGAAGUGUGCAAGUUACUGUAAAUGAGUUUUCACUGCUUUAAAUUAAACAGACUAAAAAUGUAAUAUUGCCACAUCAUUACAUUAUUAAGUAGGUACAUAUUUCUAAUAUUCCUUAAUCAUACCUUAUACAUGUAUUGAUUUUAAUGAACUCUCACGCUCCUCUUCUUGCUCUUUUUCCCUUUUAGAAGAGGAUUAAUUAGUGUAACACACAUCUUAGGUUACAAUCUAAAAAUGAGUUUCUCAGGUGCAUGUUAUUGUUCCCCAUUGCUAAAAACAGUUGUUCAGACACAGGUGGAGUGCAACAUUGAUAUUAUGCCUCCGGCCAUCUUGUAUAAUCAAAGAAAUCUGCCCUGUAGUACUACAGUCAGUUACUGCAAGUUGCAGAUCAACUUCAAGUUGUAGAUCAAAGCAAAUGUCACCAAUCUUCACUGAAUAUGAAGAGAAAAACAGGUGAAAAAUCACCAUGUAGUGCUGUGACAUUGUUAAAUCAACACUGGAAAUCUUCCUUAAGAUUAACUAGAAUAGGUGGUUAGCGUUUGAAAUCUGUUAAACCCAGAGUCCUUCGGUGAAGACAAUUUUGGAAAAUGAACUGCAUGUACUUUGCCAGUUGAUUCUUCCCAAAGUGCCAAUUUCCUUUUGAUGCGUGUACACGGCCAAGGAAAUAUGUUAUCAACAGAUCCUUAUCCUGAAGUGUUAAGUCAUUCAGGUAGCUGAUUUUAUUGGUAAAGAAUGCAAGGUCUCUUUUGCAUGAAGACUGAUCCAGUUCAGGAACACACACAUUACUAAUGUCAGUCAACAUAUCUGUAUCAUCUCUAAAUGGUGCUGUUUCAUGCACUCAUAUGUUAGUUGUAGGAACUACACUUACUAGAUUUUUCAAGGUGACUUUGUUUGCACAUGUGUUCUUCUGGUGAGUCAUGCUUAGAAACCCUCUGAUUUCACUAGGUAUUGGAAGCUUUUUUUUCAUUUUCUCAUACAUUUGUGCUAAGAGUCCUGAUUUAUUUACUAAAUGGCUGGUACUCUGUCUCCAGGCACAGAAACUAAUAAAUCUCAUUAUAAACCUGCAUUUUCUACACUUCCUUCUGUGCUGCUACGAAUGUUCUUCAUUGCUGCUAACAAGUCCAGCACCUCUUUGGACCUCAAGUUCACUGUUCAUGCAUCUGAUAAAAAUGGCUAGCUGUGCUAUAACCAACUUUGUACAAAGAUUUAUGAGCUAAAUGUGAAUGUAGUCUGCCAUAUCAUAUAUGCAGAGUGUGAUUGUCGUGUUUGACAAUGGAAUCUUGUGAAACUGUAGAUUCCUCCCAGGCAGGUUGAAAUGCGAAGACAUUGCUGGUGUUACACAAUGCAGACCUAGCCCUUACUGCGUGAACAGUUGGCUGUAUAGUUAUCUCACUGUAUGCUAUAUUUGUCAUCAUCCUGUGAUUGCGUUCCAGGUUCUGUGGAACUAUUGUAUAGGAGCAUCAUGACAUGGAAGUGCUUAAUUUGUUGUGGGGUCAUGUCACACAAACUGCUCUAUUGAGAAGUGGUAUUUCGUAAAAUAAAUGUGUAUAAGACAUUAUCCAUCAUGUGUUGGAAGUAUUUUGCAGCGUAUACUGACAGCUUAAUGUUGUCAGUAAUGUGUGUAAGUGCAUAAUGGAUUCUAAGGCAGCCAAUGACAGUAUGUGAUUUAAGGUUAAUUACUUUCACUACCUCACUAGGAAUACAUCCACUUGCUUUGCAUGACAUGUCUCAUUUUCAACAGGCUACUUAUGACAUAUCAUUGUUUUUGUGAAGGGAUUUGAUGUUAUAAGAGGAUGGGACAUGGUAUAAUGUUCUUGAGUGUACUAUAUGGCUGUUGGGAGAGCAGUGUCAAGAAACUGGAAAAUUCAAAGAAAAGUCAUUAUAUGGAGCACAGGCUUGUAUUGGAGGAGGACAGGUAAGAAAA